UAAAACAGUCUCCACACACACCGCACAAAUGAACAUCGCUGCUCAAAACCUCUUCUCCACAUCUGGCCAUCUCAGCCUCGCUGAAAUAUGUCUGGAGCUCUGCUGACGGUGGUGUGUCUGCUGUGUCUGAUGUCCAUUUGCUCGGCCUGUUACAUCUCCAACUGCCCCAUCGGGGGCAAACGGGCCGUACAGGAUUGGCCGUCUCGACAGUGCAUGUCGUGUGGUCCUGGCGACCGCGGCCGGUGUUUCGGGCCCAGUAUCUGCUGUGGUGACGGCAUCGGCUGCCUGGUCGGCUCGCCGGAAACCCUGCGCUGUCAGGAGGAGGAUCUUCUGCCGACGCCCUGCGAUGCGGCGGGAAAGGCGUGCGGUUACGAAGGCCGCUGCGCUGCUCCAGGGGUCUGCUGUGACGCAGAGGGCUGCAGUGUGGAUCAGUCGUGUGUGGACGGAGACGGCGACGGAGCGGCUUCCACGAGCCAAGAUCUGCUGAUGAAGCUCCUGCACUUGUCAAGCCACGCCCACCCCUACAGACUCCACUAAUGAAUCGCUCACAGAGGCGUGACAUCAUCUCAGGAGGAGCCCGCCCACCAACCAACCAUCAUCGACCUUUUGUAAACCAACUUUGUAUAGCCGUUAGAUAUGUGUAUCGCUAACACACAGCAGCAGAUAUGAGUAGAACUGUGUUGAUGAUAGCUGUAUGUGCAGAUAUUAAACUAUUAAAACUA